GGGGAUGGAGAGCACACCUCGCGGGGGGGGGGAGGGGGUCGGCUCCCCCGCACCCAUGUAUUGUGGAAGGAGCGUCCUCCGGGAAAGCUCCGCCACACCCCCGAGCUCCGAUACCGCAGCAGCGGCAGCAGCGGCGGCGGCGGUGGCGUGAUCAUGUGACGCCCGCAUUUCCGACACAACAAUACAACAUUGGUCUCCGUUCACGCUCCUGCUCUUCCUCCCCCUCCAGCCCCCCACCGGUCCCCCUUCCCCUCUCCCGGUAUGGCGGACGGCGAGAGGUCCCCGUUGCUAUCGGAUCUGGGAGAUGGAGCUCUUGGCAGCGGCAACGGCGGCGUGUCUCCCGGCGCGGCGCCCUACGGUGCGCCCAUCAAGCCGCAGAGCUUCCCCCCGUUCCCCAGCCCGACUCAGCCUUCGGUGCUCCUCGGGGAGGACCCGCCGCCCUACUCCCCCCUCACCUCCCCGGAGAGCGGCAGUGCUCCUGUAAUCAGCUGCAGGGUGUGUCAGAGCCUGAUCUCCGUGGAGGGGAAGAUCCACCAACACGUGGUGAAGUGUGGCGUUUGCAACGAAGCCACGCCCAUCAAGAACGCCCCGGCGGGGAAGAAGUACGUCCGCUGCCCCUGCAACUGUCUGCUCAUCUGCAAAGUCACGUCCCAGAGGAUCGCCUGUCCCCGGCCGUACUGUAAGCGGGUAAUUAAUCUGGGUCCGGUCCAUCCUGGUCCUGCCAGUCCGGACCCCCAGCCGGCCGGGGCCCGGGUCUCCUGUGGACACUGCAGCAACACCUUCCUGUGGACGGAGUUCACAGACCGGACGCUGGCCCGCUGCCCACACUGCAGGAAAGUCUCCUCCAUUGGCCAGAGGUACCCCCGAAGGCGGAGCAUGUGGUGUUUCCUCCUCUGCUUGCUGUUCAGUAUCUCUGCGGCGGGGCUGAUGGUGAGUGUCAACCCGCCGGCAACAUGCCGGCUUUCACGCGAAAUCUCUUCUCUUUUUGGAAUAGCGUCGUUGCGCGCUCCGGUACUGAAGGCUCGCGCCGCUUUCAUGUUCACGUGGAUAAAAAUAAGGACGACCUCCCCAUCGUAGGGGAGUAUUGUCAGCAGAGAGUAAAACGCA